AUGAAAGAAACUAUCACAAACCAGGAAAAACUUGCCAAGUUGCAGGCUCACGUGCACAUUGGUGGGAAAAGAACCACUCACAGAAAGAAGAAGGUGGUUCAUGGAACAGCUACAGCAGAUGAUAAACUUCAGCUCUGCUUAAAGAAGUCAGGGGUAAACAAUAUCUCCGGUGUUCAAGAAGCAGAUAUGUUUACAAACCAAGGAAGAGUGAUCCAUGUUAAUAACUCUAAAGUUCAGGCGUCUCUGGCAGCAAACACUCUGACCAUUAAAGGCCAUGCAGAGACAAAGCAGGUGACAGAAAUGCCACCCAGCAUGUCAAACCAGCUCAGUGCAGACAGUCUGCCUAGUUUAAGGAGGGCGGCUGAAGCUCUGCCCAAACAAUGUGUGGAUGGGAAAGCACCCCUUGCUGCUGGAGAGGAGGAGGAGGAAGUUCCAGAUCCUGUGGGGAAUUUUGAUGAGGCUUCCGAGAAUGAGGCAAACUAA